AUGUGUCUGAAAAUCAUCUUGGCCUGCCUUCUUGUUCUUGCUAUUAGUGUGACACUGUCCAAUGCUGAUUGCUUCAUUCAGCCAUUGAAGCUAGAAAUACCUAAUGAUGAGAUCACAGGCUGCCAUGACUCGAAUGGAAAGCUGCAUGAAUUUGGUUCCCACUGGAGGAAUGCAGACUGCUAUGACUGCUCCUGUUCCAGGGACGGAAUCAGCUGCUGUUCCAGCUUUGCAACACCAGUUGGCUACGAUGAAGAGAAGUGUGUAAGCAUUUUCAACAAGGAGACCUGCACUUAUAAAGUAGUGGAGAAAAAUGAUGACUCAAAAGAAUGCCCAGUCCAUGAGUGGGUGGGCUAA